ACAAAGCUUCCCUGUUCUGGCCAAUAUUAGGAGACGCUGCCUCUCCGGCGUGAACGGAAGAUGGCACCAAAUGGUGGGCGUGGGGCUGGGAGCGGCCUUGUGUGCAGUCCCAGUCGUGGAGAAACAGAACUCAGUUUCUCUCAGUAACGAUGCCUUGAUUAAAAGAGCAGUUUCCUUGGUAACAGACAGUACCUCUACACUCCUCUCUCAGACAACAUACGCAUUGAUUGAAGCACUGACAGAGUAUACAAAGGCAGUUUAUACGCUGGUGUCUCUCUACAAGCAAUACGCAAAUCUUCUUGGGAAAAUGAACUCAGAAGAGGUGGAUGCAGUCUGGCAGGUGGUAAUAGGAGCCAGAGUUGAUAUGACAACAAAACAGCAGGAAAAAAAAACAGCAUUACGUCUUUCAGAAAUGGCAGCAGAAGCUGCGUAUCAAUCAGGUGCAGACCAAGCCUCAGUGACAGCCCGCAGCCACAUUCAGCUAGUGAAAUCACAGGUGCAAGAAGUGCGACAGCUGUCCCAGAAAGCAGAGACCAAGUUAGCUGAAGCUCAAACAGAAGAGCUCAUAAAAGCUCAAGGAGAGGAAUCUUCAUUGCCACAGGGUAUUUUAGGAAGUACAGAGGCGGGUGAGGACCCUUACCUUCGGGAGGACUGAAAAGAACUUCAAUGUCACCGCAGUAUACGUAAGAGUCAAUCACAAAUUGAAGGGUCCCAAACUUUUAAGUGUGGCAUACUGGGAAACUGCUGAAAUAAGCCUAUGAUUCCAUUUUUUCCCCAAACAGGAUUACUGUACAAAAUCAAGUCAAUUCCAAGUAUCUGAAAGGCCUUGAUCUUGUUUGUAACUUACCAUGUUUGUAAUACUUACGGAUUCAAUUAUUUAAAUGUUUAACUAUGCAAAUGUGAAAACUGCUAUCAAGGAUAGCUUGUUGUUAAUUGUCUCUCUG